UUAUGGAAUAAGGGAACAUGGGCGUGGGCAUCAAUAUGAAAAAAGAAUAAUGACUAACUUUUUUUAAAUCAAAAGUACCGCAAGGAGCUCUUACCUGAUUUCAAGGAUCUGACAUGGCUAAAUAUCAAAGUUCUCCAGGGACCGAAUUCAGACAGGACUGUACCAAUACCUUACUCUACCAUGCGUCAUUACACCAUGCAGGUCUUUGACCGUCAGAAGGUGCAGUGCUCUCACAUCACACACUCUGGCAGGCAAAGUGGUAUCGAGGAAGCGCGGGGGAAACAAAUCAUUGGACGAUCGCUACAACUUGGUGGUCAGGGGAACCAUGAUCUCGACGAGAUAGAAGUUUGUUCUAGCCGUUGCGAUCCUCAAAAAUUUGCCUUUGGUAUGGCAGGCUUCAUAAAGAAGCCAUUCCAUCUCAGGCGGAAUGAAGUGGAGCCUUCUCUGGAGCUUCAACGACAAGUGUUCCCUUUCAUCGAGCUCGCUUUUGGAGAGCCUGGUACGCCAGGUUAUGACAAUUGGAUGAGAGUAUGUGAUGGUGAAAUGACAGAGCUCAAGGAUGUUGCCAUGCGGGAGCGUCCUGACCUUGUGGAUAUUGAAAAUGAAGACUGCGAUAAUGAGGGCAAUGAAGGAGCUAAAUGCUGUGUAUCCUGUACCAGUAUUAGCAACGAUCGGAAGAUAUCCUUCCUUAAGCUGCUCCUUCGAUUAAGGAAAGUUAUUUUGCAAGAUGUGGCAGCUUACUUCUCCAAGUUCCCAGGAUUUAAAUCCUAUGUUAUGUCACAUCCAGUAUUCGCCGCCCCAGAGUUCCUCAGAUUUAGGGGCGAGAUGGCAAGGAAUUUGGAGAGACCAGAUGCCAGUUUCUCGAAAGAAAUCUCUCCAAAUUUCCUCCAUGCGCUCACUACGGUAUCUUUUCAGCAGCAGGAGAUGCAAACAAGGAUUCUAACCAACUUGGAAAAGUUUACAAACAAUUACCAAGCCAGCUUCCAGAAACUCAUGCAGAGUAACACUGCCUUUCAGGAUACUAUGCUAGAUAUGAUGCAAAGAUAUCAACAGCAAAUGAUUGAUCUCUUUGAAAAAAAUUCAUGGGCAAAACAAGGCUAUUGUGAUUCUUGCCAGUGCCCUAAUUGUAUACACUGGCGUCACUUCUCGCAAUCCCCCCCUAUUAUCCAGCAAAACCAGAUAAGGCCAAUGGCGCCCACUUCGACGCAUGUUCCAGCACCAGCCUAUGAGCAAGGGAGACCAUGGACAUAUCAAGGCUCGUCAACCUCUCCUCCGCAACCAUACCAGUUUGCCUCAAGCUCUAGUUCCCGCCCAUCUCCUUCUACAAGCUCUCGACAGGCAUACUACCAAACCCACUCUUCAAUAAUCCAGACAGACGGGCAGUCCUUUCAUUUUGGGCCCGUUGUACAAAGUGCCUCCACCAUACCCGCGACAUGUGCUUCAAGGCCUUUGAAUCUCUCACAUAAGGCCACAGAUAUUAAAGAAGACAGCGAUAGCAACUUCAAUGUUAGUUACGACCUCAAAACUGCUACCGAUGUUUGGAAUGAACAACAGGAAUUCGAAAGGAUAAAGACAAAGGAUAGGCAGCAAAACAAAAAGUCUUUAUUCCUUCAGGCUAAUUGCUAUAAACAGCUCAACAACAGAAAGCGUGUUGCCGAAGAGGUUCACUAUCGCAUAGAUCGAGCACUAGAGGAGGCUUCAGAAAAGGGUACUGCCCUGAGCAGGGACACUGCUCUUCAAUAUGUAUUGAGUGAUCUCGACCAGAUAAUGAGCGCGAAUAGGUGGAGUGUCAAUCAGCUAGUUAAUUAUUGUAGGGACCAGGCCGGGAAGCGAAACGGCAAGGGUAAGGAUAUAGACAGGGAGAGUGGUUCGGGUGAUGGCCCAUCCACCUCUAAGGCUUUCGAGGACCAAGAGGCGAAGGAAGAGGACGAUUGCUGAAGUUAAUAGUGAUGGGGGCCGUUCAAGCAGCUGUCUAAAUUCCAGAAUUUUCUGGUACUUCAUUACUGUAUUCUAUGGCUCACAUGCAUGCCUAGUACUAUAAAUCCCACUAUUUUUGCACCUUAGCUACUAGCCCCUAAUACCCACAUUAUCAGCUUUAUCAAAAGGAGGUUAUUUCAGCUAUGAAAAACUUUCUUCCCAUCAGAAAAAAAAAAUCGAACGAGUAAAGACGAGUGCUCUACGAAGAUGCAAAAGCGCAACUAAUGCCUUUCCGUCGUCCAUGGAGAGCUACCACGCUAGCUUAAUACAACACAAUACUCAAAAUACAGUUUCCAACAUCCUUCACAAGUUUAAUAUUUACCUACACGGAGCAGAUUACUCAAACUCGCAGA